AUGACGCCCCUCUGCGGCCCCGUCGCCACCUGCGGCCCCGUCGCCACCUGCGGCACCGUCGCCACCUGCGGCCCCGUCCCCACCUGCGGCCCAGCCGCCACCUGCGACCCCGCCGCCACCUGCAGCCCCGUCGCCACCUGCGGCCCCGCCGCCACCUGCGGCCCCGCCGCGACCUGCGGCCCCGUCGCCACCUACGGCCCCGCCGCCACCUGCGGCCCCGAGCCGCCCGCAUACGGAGCAGCCGAGCCGCCCAACAGCCGAGCCCCCCUGCCGCCGAGCCGCCCAGCAGCCGAGCCGCCCUGCCGCCGAGCCACCCUACAGUCGAGCCGCCCUGCCGCCGAGCCACCGAGCCGCCCUACUGUCCGGAAGCUGCUGUUCCUCCCAGUGCUCCCCGGCCCCUCCUUCCUCGGACUGGGCCGUGCCGUUGACUUUGAGGUCUGGGUCGAUGACCUCCAGCUGUUUCUUCAGUGUUAUAGGGCGGACGGCCUCUCCCUGUUUGACCUCACUUCUGGUGCCUCUCCUGCCCCUGCUGCUGAUGCUGAUGCCACUGUUCGCUCACAGUGGGCCACGCGCGAUGCUGCUGCUCGCCUUGCUGUGCGCUGCCACUUACUCACCACUGAGCGUGCACACUUUAGCCAGUACAAGAGUGCUCAGACCUUGUACCACACUGUAGUUGCACGCUACUCUUCCCCUGCCACUGCUGCACUGAGCCGCCUCAUGCUACCGUACCUCUUCCCUGACCUCGCUGCCUUUCCCACUGUCGCUGACCUCAUUACGCACCUCCGCACUAGUGACACUCGCUACCACGCUGCGCUUCCUGCUGAGUUCUGCGCCAAGAACCCCCCCCCAUGUACAUCACCCGCUACUACAUGGUCACCCGGCUCCCUGACUCUCUUCGCGGGUGUUCUCCCUCCCCCCUCUUGCCCUCUGUUGCCUUUGCUGCUGCGGCCGACCUCAUUGGUGUCGAGUCAGUCGGCGCUGCGUCUGCCCCUAGCGGGAGACGCCGCACCGGUAAGGGCAAGGGGGGCAAGGGCGCUCGAGGGGCUGGAGGGGGCGAUGGAGGUGGUGGUGGAGGCAGUGGAGGGAGUGGGGGUGGUGGUGGGAGUGGUGCCGGGGGUGGCGGCGGCGGCGGCAGCAGUGGAGGCGGCGGAGGCGGUGGAGGUGGCGGAGGGAGCGGAGGCGGCGGAGGUAGUGGAGGAGGCGGAGGUGGAGGAGGCGGCGGAGGCGGCGGCGGCAGCGAAGGCGGCGGUGGUGGAGCGGGUCGCGACUCUGCGCAGAGGAGUGGCGCCGGUGGUGGUCAGCGCCAGCAGCAGCAGCGGAGUGGUGUGUCCCUAUCCCCUCAGCAGCUUCGUGAGGGGUACACUGCACGUCAGCGCGGCCGGGGUUGCUACCUUUGAUCUUGACUUUGAUGCUAUUCUUGCUGCUAUGUAUGCUGUUGAUACUAGUGUUGAGGGUGCUUGUUACCUGUGUGUAUUGCCAGACCCGGGCAUUGAGGCCGCUACUCUAGGUGCUGGUGAGGCUGUUGCUCUAGGUGCUAUUGCGUCUGCUGCCCCAGGUGCCAGUGCAUCUGCUGCCCCAGGUGCUGGUGAGUCUGCUCUCUCAGGUACUGCGUCGGCUCAGGCCUUCCACACCUUCACCCUGGACUCGGGUGCGUCCUGCUCCUUCUUUCAAGACCGCACCACUCUUACGCCGCUCAGUCGGCCGGUUGUAGUCUCCCUUGCAGACCCCUCUGGGGGUCCUGUCCUUGCUAGCUUCUCCACUGUCCUACCGUGCCCGGCAGCCCCCUCUGGCACCCUGUCUGGUCUCUACCUCCCCUCGUUCUUUACAAACUUGGUGAGUGGAGCGGACCUACAGGAUAGGGGGGUUGACCAGUUUACUCCUACAAGUCAGCAAGUGACCCACUGCACGUGUGCUCGGACAGGCCGACACUUGGCCACGUUCACCCGUCGGCCAGGGUCGAGCCUGUACACCCUUACUUCUGAGUCUCCUCCGGCUGCUGAGUCUGCCUAG